CGUCGUCCAUUUUUAAAAACUACAGCUGUGCAGCCGUGUUUCAUUUUAUUCAUUACGUUUUACACAUCACGGAGACGAAUCCAAUUAUAAAUCCACACUGAUUUUGGUCUCUACUUUUAGGAGACCAAUAUAAUGGCUGAACAGGUGGUGGUACAGCCAGAAUCACUGCUCAAUCUCGAUGACUUAUUGCAAUGUCCAGUAUGUUAUGAAAUUCCUUCAGGCCAAAUAUUUCAAUGUAAUGAGGGACACCAUGUGUGUGGAAGAUGUAAAGCACGUCUUGAUGUCUGCCCAGUGUGUCGGGCUCUUUUCUUUGGCACACGAAACUAUGCUAUGGAAGAACUUAUUGCCAAUUUUAAGAAAUUAAAAGCAUUUAAAGUGGGUGGCAAACAAGGUACUGGUUCGGGAUCCUCAGAGAGCAGUACACCAGCUCGCGAUACAGUGUCAGCAGAAACUGAAAAUGAUGCAGGUGAAAAUAAUUCAAACGAAUCAAACCAAAUCACUUUGAGGGUGCCGCAAGCCUGCAAGGGUCUCUUUCGCUGCCUCUGUUGCAAAAAUGGAAACGCGGAGAAAUUGCCCGCUGCACGUUUACUUAACCACCUGCGUUAUUUUCAUUCUCCUGAUCUUAUUGAGGGUCAGUCUGAAUUUGGAGAAUAUGUACAAGCUUGGGAAUUCAGCACUGGACCGGGCAGAAUUGUGACUGCUGUACGUGUUUCAGAUAUGGGCAUCUAUUUUUUAGUCAUUGACAUAGACAUUAAUCGUAUUUAUGCUUGGUUGACCAUGGCCGCUUCACCGUCGGUGGCCAAUACAUUUUCGUACACACUUACCUUGUCUGGCAGUGACCGAGAAGCCAUAUUUACAGAUUGUGUGUUAUCCGUGAGAUCCUGUGAAGGUACUCUUAAGAAAAGAGGUCAUGCCUUAGUUGUUACCGGACUAAACGCCAUAGCAUUGACUUCAACCACUGCGCUGAACGCAAAAUUAUGUUUGCGUCGCACUCCUCCCGAACAGUUGGCGCAUCAGACCCAACCGCGAGCCGUCAUGAGAGUCGCGACCCGCGGCAACAACCGAGACAACAGCACCCAGGACAUCUCCCCACCUACUACCACUCACACUCGAGGAGACAACGUUAUACAGGACCUUUACAAUGAGACUGUCAACCUACGCACCCAAUUAGCUGCUCUUCAAGAACUCGGAAACGAAGAUGACAAUGAUUAUCCACUAGCUUUGGUACGAGCCUUUACAUCUAUUCGCAUGGCAAAUCGUAUCGCUGAAGAUUUGCGAGAUGAUAAUCGAACACGUAGCGAAGAAGACACAUCACCGUCUGUUGCAUCACCUGCGCCGCCCGCGCAGCCGAUGUCGCGCAAUGCUCGCAGGCGCAUGAGGCAACGGCUGAGGAUGGCCUUGAACGAUGACACGCCUGCGCCUGCGCCGCCCAGCGCGCAAGUGUCAUCGCGCUCCAAUCUACAGAAUGGACAUGUUCAAAUUGAUAUAGUUCCACAGACAUCGGCUCCUCACAUGCCACAAACGAACUUAUCAAACGGACCGUCCACUUCCGCAGCAAACGCUCAGAAUGAAAAUCAAACUCGUAACAAGAAAAAGCGUCGCCACCGCAGAUAAAUUUGACAAUUUGAUCAUUGAUUAACUUGUACGUUACAUAAAGUAAUGUUUGAAUUUUGCUCCCCGGACAUCUGAUCUUGCUCAUGCAAAAUCAUAUUUUUCAUGUAAAUAAUUAGCUAAGAUGUCUUCAUAUAGCGAUUUUAUUGGUUAGUCGCA